AUGACUGAUCUGCACGAACCUUUUCAUCUCGUCUCCUUGACGUACAUUUACAAUGUCCCGCACGUUUACCCUCCAAACGCCGACUGGAACAGUACGGGUUGGAAUCAAUGGGAAUUCAACGAAGAAUUGCAAUAUAUCUCCCACGGCUACAUGGCCGCCGCCUAUGUAGGCCUCGCAGCUCCAAGCCACGCCCGAGACAAUGCGCACAACUUUGCCGUCUUCGCCUUCUGCAUAUACCACAUUGAGUUACAAUGUCUGGGCACUUUCCAGUCAGAUGUUAAGACGCGGCGUGAUUUACCGUUCGAAUCGGCGUUCUCACCAAAGGCGGUAGAGGGAAUCAGGCAGGGGACAUCUGAUCUGAGGAGGGAUUGA